AGGAGACUGGCUGGAAAACAUGAAAGGGAGAAGAAGGGAGCUUCUCAGAGGGAAGUGGAAGAACUCGCUCUCUAGGAGGCACAGCAGCGUGAGGCGCAAAGUGCCAAGGCGGGCUGCGGGUACUAGGCCAGAGGCGUCCUCGUUGCCAUGGCGCUCACUCACUUGGUGAUUGGUGGAGCCGCUUGGGCCGCAGGGAAGGCUGGGAACCGGCCAGCAGCUGCGGCUUUCAAAGCGGCGGCCUCAGAUCUUUGUCGCCACCAUGCCCAUUUCCGUGCCCCCGAAGAGCAGGCGGGAAGCAGCUUGUUCCAUUCCACCCUCCCCUGCUAGCUCCGAAGAUGAGGGGGCCGGGAAGUCUUCUACUUCCUCCCUGCUCUCCCCAAGUUUCCAUCAAAGUUUCCCAAGAUUACACCUCAAGGAGCAAGAGGAAGAUACAACAUCAGCUAGCAGGGGAAUGAGCAUCUCUCAAAGAAGUAAACAUCAUAGUGUCGAGCACAUUAGAAAUAGAACACAACAAAAUGAGUCACCUGUGGCGGAUACUCUCUCACCUUGGGAAGAAUGGUUCCUUUGCAAAGAAAAAGAGUUACGUGCUCGUUUGCAAGCACAAGCUUUGGAGGAGCUAAAUAUGCAAAUGGAGAAAAGAAAGGAAAAGCAGGAACGUGAAAGGAAAAAAAAAGUUGCUGAACUGAAACACAAGGAGUGGGUCCAGAAAAAAAAUGAAGAGGUGAAAAGGGAAAGGAGAGCAAGGGAACAUAAGCUUAGUGAAGAGAUGGCAGAAAAAACAGCCAAGGAACUUGAAAAAGCACAAUCAAAGGAAAAAGCAAAAGAAGUGUAUGAAGAGUGGCUAAAGAAAAAGAGAUCAGAAGAAGUGAUGAAGAAGAAGGAAGAGAAGGAAAAAGAAAGACAGCUGGAAGCUGAAUUGCAGGAGAAAAAAGAAAAAUCGGAGAAGAUGUUCAAAGAAUGGCUGCAAAAUACUAGAAACAAGCCCCGCCCAACAUCAGCUAGCUAUGCCUAUGCCAAUGGGAAACUUACCGGGUAUCCAGAUGGAAAUGCAUAUCCAGCUCCAGCCUUUUACAACCCCAUCCCUUGGAAACCAAUCGUUGUGCAGUCUUCUAAGGAAGAGAAGUAUGUUUUAGUGAAGAAAAAUAAGAGGCCUAUGUCGAGUCAUGCAUAUAAAUCUCCUCCAGUGUUUUUUCAUAAAUUCAAGAAUAAACUUUAUAAUGCAUCAUUUUGCACACAUCAGAGAUAGCACAGUGCUCUGUUAGAUCUUUCACUUUAAGUAAACACAGUAUUGUAAUUUAAAAUGUAUUUAAGGCAAAAAUCUGUAAGCAUAAUUGUUUUCUUAAUGUUAACAAAGUAUAGGGUUUUUUUCUCUUGUUAAAUCAGACAACUCAGACAAAAAAAGUGACUUUAAUAUUUAAAUGUAAUUUUAUAUGUAUUGUAUUGUGGUUCAUAUCGUAAUAAAAUGAUUCUUUCCGCAAA